GGACAAUUAUCAAUGAUUUUGUAAUGGUCGAAUAUUGCAAGUCAUAUAAAAUUUGUAAAUUGUGUUGGUUCUGAUAACGUUUAAUUACUUUAAUCGGCAAUGAAGAUUACAAGAACAGCAAUUAAUCAUCAUAUAUCGCCAAUAAUCGUUAUAUUUUGAAUUAAAACUGAUAACAUUGAUACAUUCCGCGAAAUUAAAUUUAAAAGUUAAGAACCAGGCCAGUAAGCCAAUCAGGUAGCUGUAUUAGUAUCUAAAGACAGUAUACGUAAAACUAUCUCAAAAUGGACUUAUGAUAACCGUCUAGUGGACCGUAGUGUAUGUGUGUACAGUACAGACGUGUAACUGUCAAAAUGGUUAGUAGGUUGGAGAUUUCAAAUGAGAGCAAUAGCGAUAACUCUUCCGAGGAAGAAGAUGAUGAAAUAAAGUUAUCAACUCAAGUUCAAGCAGUUUAAACACAGUCUACAAACGGAACGUAACAAGGGUGGAUCAAACGUUGUAGAAUUGUGCAGUAAUCUGAAUGAAACGUCGCUAGAUAAAUUGUUCUUGACCUCGUACAAAUUUCCAAAUAAAACUAUGCGGAAUAUCGAGAUAAAAGCGCAAAUCCGGAAUAUCGGUAGCACAAGUUCAAAGAUCGAAGAUUUGAGCGAUAUCACCGGUAGGCGUGUAAUCAAGCAGCGCGAUAUUUUCUUCAAUGCAACGAGGGGGAGAUUGAAAUUACGAAGAUUUGAGGAUGGUAGCGCAGAAUUAAUUUCCUACGAACGACCAGACGUGCUCGGACCAAGGCUGUCCAGCUACGAUAAAGUAACACUCGACUCUGAUACUGCAGAAUCUCUUACCAAUAUUUUAUCUCAUUCCAUCGGUGUGUUUGGAACGGUUAACAAAACCAGGCAAUUGUACAUGGUUGGGCAGACUCGAGUACACGUCGAUGAAGUCGAUGGCUUAGGCACUUUUAUGGAACUGGAAGUGGUGUUGCAAGAAGAUCAAGACAUAGAAGCUGGACAGAAGAUUGCCGCUGACCUUAUGGAAGCGUUACUGAUUAAACAAGAAGACUUAAUUGCCGAAGCUUACGUAGAUUUACUUAAGAAAACCAAAACAUCCGUCUAACAUGUACAUUUUGCGGGCUGAUAUAAAAACAAGAUUAUGCUAAUUUUUUGAUGUGAAAACGCAGACUUACACAAAAGAUAAGAAAGCUUAUAAUUUUGAGAAUAUUGCAUCUAAACUGAAAUAUUGCAAAUUUUAAUUAUACUGUGCCUAAAGAUUCCAAAUCUUAACACGGAGAAAGAUCUUGUUUGUAGUUAGAAAUGCAGAUAAUACAUCUAGGUUGAAAAGAUAACAUUUUAUCAUCGAUUGAGUUUGGCAUACAUUUCUUACUGUUCAAGGAAAAAAAUGUUUAUAGUUUUUAUCUCGAGAUGGUCCUUGAAAGUUAUUAAAUAAAGUGUAUGAGGCAAGAUUAUGGGAGGAAAAGAGAAUAACAUGAUAAAUAAGUAGACUCAAAGCACGUAUUGUAUUUUUCCUUUCUACGUGAAUAAUGGAAAAUAAAAAUAAGAUACUGGAAAGUUAUUUGUUACUGGACGGGUGUAAUCUGUAAAAAAAUGUAAUGAAAACGAG